CUAAAAGCGUCAUGUGUAUGUGGUGGGUUUUAUAACCAGUAGGCCUAUUGUUAAACCGGUAUUCCAAUUUUGACAUUGCAGUUGUUUGUUUAGUAGGCUGCAUCACAGACUUCCAAUAGACAUGGGCCCAAUUCCGAAAGUCAAAUCUCCUAACCUUUAUGCCCCCUUUCCUUAACCUUUGUGGAAAACGUUAUCGGGUCCAGGCAAGAUGAAAAGGUGCUUCCUUUCGAACAUAGGAAAAGACAGCACUGUUUAAAAUGAAUUAGACUCUAUUUUUCCUAACCGACGUCAUUGCGCGACGGCGACUAUUGCUGACAUCUAGCGACUACAUAUUUUUUUCCUAAUUAAAAAUAUAAAAACUCAAACCUUUGUGAUGAGAUACACUGUAUAUAACUGACUCCACUGUAUUUGUACUGUAGAAACGCCACACGUCUGCGUAAAGGACGAUCCUUCUGGACCCAUCACCUUCCAGCACAUCUCGGAGAGACAACUUGUGGAAGCAUGUCCGCCAUGGUACGUCUGAGGCUGCUGCCCAGCGCCAAGUGCCUGUACACCCAGCCCGUCCGGGUUGUGGUGGACGGCCUGCGCUCGUCCCAGGUGGUCACCGUGAAGGCCAGGGCCACCGACGAGAAGGGGGUGCUGUUCCACGCCUCCGCCGUCUACAGGGCCGACGCGGGCGGGGCCGUGGACCUCGGCAGGGAACCCUCACUGGGCGGGAGCUACACGGGCUUGGAGCCCAUGGGUCUGCUGUGGUCCCUGAGGGCCGACGCCCUCCACACCAAGUUCUGCAAGAGCGACUCCCGGAGUCCCCACGUAGUCAGGUUCUCCGUGCACGAUGGAGAGGCGGGAGCAGGCCCCCUGUUGGCCGAGGCGACCAAUGAGAGGCGUCUGCUGGCGGAUGGGGUCGAACGGCAACCAAUCAAAGAGGGGAACAUCCGGGGAGUUCUCUUUGUGCCCCCUGGAGAUGGCCCCUUCCCUGCUGUCUUGGACCUCUACACAUUUGGCGGUGGGCUGACUGAGAGACGAGCCUCUCUCCUGGCCAACUGUGGCCUCAUGGUUCUGACCCUUGCGCUGUACGGCUAUGACGACCAGCCCAAGAAGGUCGCAAAGCUUCACUUGGACCACUUUGAGGAGGCAAUACAGUUGUUAAGGAAGCAUCCAAAGGCCAUGGAUUCGGGCGUUGGCUUAAUAUCAUUAUCCAAGAGCGGAGAUCUGGCAAUUUCCAUCGCCACGCACCUCCCAAACGUUAAAGCCACCGCGUGGAUAAACGGCUGCUGCUCCAACGUCGUGAUGCCCCUCUACUACAGAGGGAGUCAAAUACACUCGGCGCUGAUGUACGACCUCCGUCGUGUUACGGUCACCGAGUCUGGGGCUUACAACGUAAAGCACGGCUUUAACGACCCUCUGGCUCCGGAGAACAAGGAAUCGCUGAUCCCCAUCGAACGAGCCACAGGGCGCUUCCUCUUCGUGGCCGCCGAGGACGACCUCAACUGGGACAGUUGUCUUUAUCUCAACCAGCUGACGGAGAGGCUGAGACGUCAGGGGAAGGAUAACUUUGAGAAGGUGGUGUACCCAGGAGCGGGGCACUAUCUGGAGCCACCCUUCGGGCCGUACUGCCCGUCCAGCUUCCACGGGGGGGUGGGGGCGCCGGUCGCCUGGGGCGGGGAACCCAAGGCCCACGCGACGGCUGAGGUGCACCUGUGGAACAAGAUCCAAGAGUUCUUCAGAACGCACCUGGUCCCAGAGGCUGGGGCAGCCAAAGCUAGGUUAUAGGAGGCUGCAGCAUCCUAUAACCUUAAGCUCCAGAGUAGAAAGAUCAAUGACUGUAAUGAUUUGUGCCUCCUUGUUUUGACAUGAAACUAUGAGUCUUGUUUGUUGAAUUGCCAUAUCACACAAA